AUGGCGGCGGGACCUAUAUCAGAGCGAAAUCAAGAUGCCACAGUAUAUGUGGGCGGCCUUGAUGAAAAAGUGUCAGAGCCACUGUUGUGGGAGUUGUUUCUGCAGGCUGGGCCAGUAGUUAACACACACAUGCCCAAAGACAGGGUAACGGGUCAACACCAGGGCUAUGGUUUUGUGGAGUUUCUCAGUGAAGAAGAUGCUGACUAUGCCAUAAAGAUUAUGAACAUGAUAAAGAUGUAUGGCAAACCAAUAAGAGUCAACAAAGCCUCAGCCCACAAUAAAAACCUGGAUGUCGGUGCCAAUAUCUUCAUUGGUAACCUGGAUCCCGAGAUCGACGAGAAGCUCCUCUACGACACGUUCAGUGCCUUUGGUGUCAUCCUUCAGACGCCCAAGAUCAUGCGGGACCCGGACACAGGCAACUCCAAAGGCUACGCCUUUAUCAACUUCGCCAGCUUCGACGCCUCUGAUGCUGCCAUAGAGGCCAUGAACGGCCAGUACCUGUGUAACCGCCCCAUCACGGUGUCGUACGCUUUCAAGAAGGACUCCAAAGGCGAGAGGCACGGCUCCGCCGCCGAGCGCCUCCUGGCCACCCAGAACCCGCUCUCUCAGGCCGACAGGCCGCAUCAGCUCUUCGCAGAUGCCCCUCCGCCUCCAACUGCACCCACACCCGUCAUGACCACUCUGGGAACGGGGAUGCCCAUGCCAGGUUUGCCCCCUCCUGGUGCCUUCCCUCCCGUGCCACCACCUGGAUCAAUGCCUCCCGGGAUGCCACCGGGCAUGCCCAUGCCUCCAGCCCCGGGCACCCCAGCACCCCAGGGAGCAACGUCAGGGCCGCCUCCCGGACCUCCUCCGUUCCCUCCUGCUGGCAUGCCUCCUCCAGGAAUGCCCCAAAUGCCGAUGCCUCCCCCCGGACCCCCUGGUAUGGUGCCUCCCCCACCCGGCCCCCCGGGGUCCAAUCAACACCGCGCACCCCCACCUCCAGGAAUGCCCCCUCCCAUGGGAAUGCCGCCCAGAGCACCAUUUGGCCCCCCCAUGGGUCCUCCAGUGCCCCCCGGCAUGAGGGGUCCCCCACCCCCAAUGCCCCCUCCAGGUUACGGCGGUGGUCCCCCACGCCCACCCCCAUUUGGCUUCCAGCGAGGGCCCCCAAUGCCGCCUAGACCCCCUGCACCACCCCGCGGUCCCAUGAGGGGACCGGUCCCCUCAUAAACUGGACAUUAAAACCAUUAUAAUUAAUGCU